AUGAAACUAAUGAUCCUGUCUCUUAUUGCAUCCUUUGCAUUUGCAUCGGCUCUACCUCAGCUUGAACGAGGCUCAAUAUUUGCACCGAGUGGAAUGUUUGAGAUGACCAACAACUUGGCAGCACCUCCAGUAGACUUGAGCCAACCCAUUAUACUACUGCCAGUGGCCACACCCAUUACUGAGGAACCCCAGGAACCGAGACUCACAGCCCGUCCUUUGAUUCUCCCAACUAUGGCACCAACUAUGAGACCAACUAUGAGACCAACUAUGAGAACUUAA